UAAACUCAACUCACCACACCUUAACUCACCUCACCUCAACUCACCUUAACUUACCUAAACUCAUCGUAACGCAACUCGCCUCAACUCACCACACCUAACUCUUCUCAUGGAACUCAUGCCACGGUUCCGCGGAAGCUAAGUUCGUGAAAGUCUUGACGAAACCCCACUCAACUUAUUGUGAGUUAGGUCUGCAAAAAUCCUCCGGCUGAACCCUCCACGAGGGUGUUGACUGGAAAUGGGCACUACAGAGGAUUCUGUGCGAUGUCAGAAUGGUGCUCAGCUAAGAUCAGGAAUCAGUGCUAUGUGCUAAACUCCUUAGUAGCGUAGUCAUAUGGAAAUGGUUUCUGAUCGUGGCUUGGAGGUCUGAAGGGGCUGGAUCAAGGCGUCACGCGCACCGCACCGAGGAUCGGCCAGGCUGGGGGCCCCUAAAUAGCCCAAUCGCGAACGGAGCCCUCUGGGAGGCGGCCACACCCAGGAUGUAAGUAGGCCUUACCUGGGCAUCGCGGAUCUCUGCCCGGGUGGACGAACCCCUUUCUCCGCAGCCCGUGGGAUCAAAUAUGGACAGAAAACAAAUAACAACAACAGCAACAACAACAUCAAAAACAAAUUAUAAAGGGACCGGCCCCCUUAAAGCGUCGGAAGGGUCUCGGCCCACUAAACAAGGAGCUCAAGCGAUGCAGAGUACCUCCACCAGCCGUAGUGCGGUGACAAAUAGCGGGAAAACAAGGCCAAUGGUGAAACCGGGCCAAGCUUUCGCAAAAACGAAGGAAAGUGGCGGUGGGGAUGCUCAAAGGAGUCCACCCCGGGAAACUCCUGGCACCAGUGGAUGCCAACCUGGCAUGCAGAUUGCAGCCGGGGAUAAGGCUGAAUCUGGGGCGCAGGCCCCGGGCGGUCCUCCCGCGACACCCAUGGCCUUCACGAGGCCUGACCAGAGGCCAGAACCAGCUGCAGCGGGCUAUCGACAGAGGAAGCUGGCUGCUCGAAUCCUGCAAAGGUUCACCGCAUGUGAAGGAGAUCCUCACAGAAAUCGACUGCGCAAAGGCAGUCCUGCCCGACUACCGCAAGCCGGAGGAGAAGCAGCCGCAGGCGCCCUCCAGUAAGCGCAAUAGAUCGGGGGAAAAUACGCCCAACCAUGCAAAGAGGGUCAGAACGCAGGGGCCUUCUUUUGCUUUUGAAGUAGCCAAGGAGCAGAUCCUGCUCGGCGUCAUUGAUGAGAGCAAUGAAGACAGCCUCACCCUGAGGCAGCAAUGGAAGUGGGUUAAGGCCGCGAUGGCCGACAUUGCUAUCAACAUUAUGUUGGAGAAUCCGGGACCUCCGCCAACCUGCAAGGGAGCGGGGUGGUUCCAAAAUAACAUCCGCGUUAUAGCAUGCGAGGAUGCUAGAUCAGCGGAGAUCUAUAAGAAAACAGUCGCAGGUAUUGGAGAAGUCUACCCUGGUGCGAAGCUCAAGGCGGUCGACUUCAAGGACCUACCGGUGCGACCGAGAGCGAGAGCAUGGUUGCCUUGCAGGCCAGCGGAGCCAAAAAGGAUCCUGCAAACCAUAAGGCUCUAUAACCCGGAGCUACCUACCGAAAAUUGGAAGGUGGUAAAAAUUAACGAAAGCGGUAAAGCGACGAUGCAGGUUGUCCUGCUUCUAAAUAAGGACUCCAUAGAGUUGUUGGAGCAAAAGAGCGGGGUCAUACGUUACGGCUGUGACAUGGCCAAAAUUAAGGUCUACAGCAACGACGUAAACGCAGCGAAGAACCUGAUCGCGGAGGUAGAGCCGGAAGAGGCCAACAGCGACGUGGAGAUGGAGGAAGAAUCCGAGAAGGUUGAUCCGAUGGACGACCUGACCGGGGGUUAUGCCUCAUCGACGUUUUCCAUGGGGGUCGGACGCAUGCUUCGGCUUUAUACGGAGGAGGAGUUGAUCGAGAUGUCGGAAGACGCGGUCAACUCCACCCUAAUAGGCGACGUGGGCGGUAACGGCCAAGAUGGUGAAGGUACUGCAGAUUAACCUUCACCACUGUAAAGCAGCUUCAGCUGCACUGCUGCUCCAUCUAACAGCUAAAGGGGCAGCCGACAUCGUCCUAAUCCAAGAACCUUGGGUGGUGGGACAAAACAUUUGUGGGCUGAAAGCGCCGGGCUACAGACUGCGACGAGGACACAACAGCGGUCAGUCUAAG